AUGUCGGACACAUUGGAAAACUAUCGCAAAAACUUUCUCUCAUAUCUGGGAAUCGCAUCGAAAGCGCCAAACAUUUUGUUUCAAUUCAUUAACAUGUUCUUCGGCUCAGACUACAAAUCCCUGUCCACUCGGAUCUGGUUAUCACUAUUACUACAGGCGCUUGUAUUCAUUGGGACCACCGUUUUAGCGGUGAUCGACUCAAGUGAAUGGCCGGAGAUAUUCUUCUGGAUAACGAUGUUAUCAGCGUUUGUCAUAAACAUAGCGAACGGCGUAUUCCAGGGCUGUGUGUACGGGAUCGCCGCCAAACUUCCGGUGCGCUACACCAACGCAGUCACCAUUGGUUUCAACCUGAGCGGGGUCAUCGCCGCCCUCUUUAUGAUCGUAUCCAUAACCAUCGCACCGACACCUAAAGUGGUGGCCAUUUAUUUCUUCUCGUUUGCCGUCAUUUAUCUCGUCUUUUGUUUUGUCAAUGAAUUCAUUGUUCGCCGAAAUAAAUAUUACUUGCAUUUCAUGACAAAUAUUAACAAUAGUUAUGCCAAUAAUGCGAUGGAUAUGAAAAGUAUGGACACAAUUCCGACGGAUAGUCGACCGCAAAGUAUGGACACUAAUGAGCACCGGCUGCUAAACAAGCAGUUGUUUGGCGUGAAAAUGUAUUUAUAUGUGUUUCACAAAAUUCGGUUACUUUUACUAAACAUAAUAGUCAUAUAUUUUGUCACAUUCUCCAUAUUCCCGGCACUUUAUGCAAACAUC